UCCCACCAGCAUCAAGGACCUGCCAGUCUGAGAAACUGCCUGUCACAAGGCCAUCACCAAGAGGCCACCUGCCCCUGUGUUGCCAGUCCCCAGCAUGCAGGAAACCAUAACAACACCAACAAUGUCAGCCCCCAGCCGGUCCUCAGUCUCCACCCAGGACCGGUCCUCUGCUACAGGCCACGCUUCAAGCACAGACCCGCAGCCCUCAAAGCCCUCAGUGGCCCCACCCCCCGGAAAGUCCAAGGGCCCAAAUUCUGGGGCCAGUGUACGUCGGAUGCGCAGGAUCAUCGCUGAGGAUGCUGAGUGGUCACUGGCCAUUGUGCCCCUCCUCAGAGAGCUCUGCAUUCAGCACAUCGUCAAGAACUUCCAGAACAACCCUAUCCUGAAGCAGCUGCCCCCAGAAGACCAGCAGAAGGUCCUGAACCACCUGUCACCUGACCUGCCACUGGCUGUGACUGCCAACCUGAUUGAUGAUGAGGGCUACUGGAGCCGUUGCUGCAUGCAGCGCUGGCCCGUGUGCUACGUGGCCAAGUAUGGCGGCAGCUGGAAGCGCAUGUUCUUCGAACGGCACCUGGAGAACCUGCUAAAGUACUUCAUCCCAGGCACCACGGACCCCGCAGUGAUCCUCGACCUGCUGCCGCUCUGCAGGAACUACGUGCGCAGGAUCCAUGUGGAUCAGUUCCUUCCGCCCGUGCAGCUGCUGCCCCGGCCACGGAGUGGGGAACAGUCCGACUCGGGCAGCGAGGGAGAGAUGGAGGAGCCUGCCAUGGACCACUACCAACUGGGUGACCUGGUGGCUGGCCUGAGCCAUCUGGAGGAGCUGGACCUGGUGUACGGUGUCAAGGACUGUGGCAUGAACUUUGAGUGGAACCUCUUCCUCUUUACCUACCACGACUGCCACUCCCUGGCGGCCACCAUCAAGGCAUGCCACACCCUCAAGAUCUUCAGGCUGACCCGAAGCAAGGUGGACGACGACAAGGCACGCAUCCUAAUUCGCAGCCUCCUGGACCACCCAGCCCUAGAGGAGCUGGACCUGUCACACAACCUCAUCGGGGACCGUGGCGGGCGUGCCGCCGCCAAGCUGCUGAGCCACAGCCGCCUGCGUGUGCUCAACCUGGCCAACAACCAGGUGCGUGCACCUGGGGCCCAGUCGCUGGCUCACGCCCUGGCACACAACACCAACCUCAUUUCCCUCAACCUGCGCCUCAACUGCAUUGAGGAUGAGGGCGGCCAGGCGCUUGCCCACGCCUUGCAGACCAACAAGUGCCUCACCACGCUGCACCUCGGUGGCAAUGAGCUGUCUGAGCCCACCGCCACGCUCCUCUCCCAGGUGCUUGCCAUCAACACCACGCUCACCAGCAUCAACCUGUCCUGCAACCACAUUGGGCUGGAUGGCGGGAAGCAGCUCCUGGAAGGCAUGUCAGACAACAGGACCCUCCUGGAGUUUGACUUGCGCCUAUCAGACGUAUCCCAGGAGAGCGAGUACCUCAUUGGCCAGGCCCUCUGUGCCAACCGUGAAGCAGCCCACCAACGGGCCUUGAAUCCCAGCCACUUCAUGUCGCCAAUCACUGCCAAGGGCCCUGAGAACCCUGUGGGAUAAUAUGGGGGACAGGGCUGGGGCAGUGCCCCAUCACUCACUUUGUGCGCCUGCCCUGCCUGCUGCAGACUAUCCCACUGGUCCAGAGGGAGGGGGAGGAGGAGACCACGAAUAUGCUGGGGUGAGUGAUCAAGGGUUGUGUGGAUAAAGAUGUGAGGAGGGGGAGGGGACUGGAAUAGGGGAAGAAGGGGUAUGAAGUGGGACCCAGCCCCCAUACACAGGGAGAGGGUAUUACUGGACCCCCUGAAAUGACCAACUUCCUCCAGGAAUAGGGAAAGCAGAGAGGACUCUGAGGGACUGCAUCCGCCCAGACUCUCCCACGAGGACCACCCAUCUCCCUGACCACCCUCCCUACCAUUUUCCUUUCUCCUGAACAGAUCCUUAACCUCUUGACCUUCAAACACACACACACUCUCUGUCUCUACACUCUCUCUCCAUCCUCUGGCUACAGCAGAGCUUCGCCCGGCUCUUCCACCCUCACCCCUGCAGAUGCCACCUCCCUAUUACUUGACUCUGUUUAAGUGAUCCAGUUCUGCUGGCCAUGCCAUCCCCUAAUCCUCUCUCCCAAUCUGGGAAGGGAGAAACAAGGUGACAGGAGGGGCUCAGACCCAGUGGCCCCCCCAAAGAGCUUCCCAGGAGAUGGUGGGGGAAGUGCCACACUGGGAAGGGAAGUUGGUGAGUCAUCCGCAACUUUAUUAUCCACCAGUUUGAUUUGUACAAUCUUUGCGCUUGGAAAUCCACGACAGAAAGGCCACAGUGUGAUGCACCCAAUUGACAGAGACCUGUCUUCUACCCAGCCAGGCCCAGCCCACCCCACAAGCCCUUGUCCCCAGGACACAUGGAGCUUUCCAGGUACCCUCCACAAGUCCCCGUCACUCUGCAGCUGCCCACCCUGGGGCCACACUCACAGGAAUCACAUCAACCCAUAGGGCCACGAAGACUGACUAAUGGAUUCACGCGGAGCCCCAUCUUCCAUGCUCCUUGCGCUGAGCAGCCCAGAACCUCCAAACCCAUGUUUCCAAAGGGUGGGUCAUGGGCUGCAACCACAGCCUAGGGGCGCCUGCUAUCCAGGGACUCCUUCCAAUGAGCAGGCGCUGAGCAGAGCACCAAAGGGGGCUUGGGAGUGACUGCACGUAUGUGCCUGUCCGGGCCACCUAGAGUCUGUGUGUGCCUGACACCCUCUGACAGUUCCAGAGUGCUAACGUGUAGGUGUGAGGGUGUGAGUGUGUAUGUACAUAGCCACAGCUGCUAGCAGAGGUUCUAAUUAGAGAAACAAGAACAUUCAGUGUAAAGUUUAAUUUUAGAGAUUAAUUAAUUUUCUGGUUUUCAUUUUUCCCUGGCAAUCAAUACAGCUAUCAAGAAAAUAGACCAAAGAAGUGGUUUCUCUCUAAGUCUGUGCGUGUGUGGGAGGUGAGGCUGUCUGUGUGA